AAUCCCCUGUUUAGUUUCUCAACUGAGGUUUCAUGUUCUCUUGCAGCAGAGCUUCCACCUCCAUAUACUGCAAUUGCAAGUCCAGAUGCCAGUGGUGUUCCUGUAAUAAACUGCCGUGUAUGCCAAUCACUAAUCAAUUUGGAUGGCAAGCUACACCAACAUGUUGUUAAGUGCACAGUCUGCAACGAAGCUACGCCAAUCAAAAACCCUCCUUCAGGAAAGAAGUAUGUUAGAUGUCAGUGUAAUUGUCUUCUUAUCUGUAAGGAUACAUCUCGGAAAAUAGGCUGUCCACGACCCAACUGUAGGCGCAUCAUUACGCUGGGUCCAGUAAUGCUGAUUCCAGAAGAGCAGCCAGCUCAGCCUGCCUUGCCAGUUCAACCAGAUGGAACUAGAGUGGUAUGUGGGCACUGUGGAAAUACGUUCCUUUGGAUGGAGCUGAGGUUUAACACGCUGGCAAAAUGCCCACACUGCAAAAAAAUUUCAUCUGUUGGAAGCGCAUUGCCACGGAGACGAUGCUGCGCAUACAUUACAAUUGGAAUGAUAUGCAUCUUCAUUGGAGUUGGAUUAACUGUUGGUACGCAAGAUUUCGCCAGGCGAUUUCAUGCUACAUAUGUUUCUUGGGCUAUCGCUUAUCUCUUAGGUUUAAUCUGCCUCAUUCGAGCCUGCUACUGGGGAGCCAUAAAAGUCAGUUAUCCAGAGCACAGUUUUGCAUAGAGAAAUUGGUCAAUUAUAGCAGAUGAACAUCUAGUAAUUCUGGAUACUACAUCUUGGACGCUUUUAAAACCUUUCCUGUAAGGAUUCCAUUCUGUUCAAAGUAGUUUUAAGAGUGGGGGUCUAUAAGAACAAAUGUUCAUUGCACUACAUAAUAUGCAAAUAGUUUGUUUUGCUGCUAGAUUCCCUAGCUCUCAAUACUAAAGCUUUGUUUACAUGUUCAUAACUCUGUCUUUAUAGGUGUUGAAUUUCAUUCCAACAGACAGUAUUAAGUUUUACACUUUCUUUGUUAUGUUAUAAUAGUCUGCCAGGUUUUUUUUUUUUUUUUUCAGGUGAUCAGUAAGAAUUCAAAAGCAAAAGUGUUUAUAAGUGUUUCUACAAUAGCUUCACAUUUGUACUUAACAUUUUAAUUAAAACUAUAUUAAAGUGGCUUGCUUUAAAACCUAAGCAAUAAGCAUUUUGCUUGAACUGCUUACUGUGUCUUUUUGCCUAAGAUCAUAGUGACCUUAUUCAGGAAAUGAAAUUUAUGAGUGUACUUGAAAAGACUGACACUGUUGCUAGAGAGACAUUUGUAAACACUGUAUGCUUUCUGCUUUUCAGGUAGAAAGAUGCAAUAUUUUGGUAGUCCAACUAAAUUCCCAUUUAUUCUAGAUGGACUUCAGCUAGAAUAAAUGCUUGCUCCUCAAGGACUGUGGGACUUGGUCCCUUCCCCUCCUCCCCCCACCUUCUCCCUUUCUUUCUUCUUUUCUGUUUAACUGGCAAAUCCUAAAAGCCAUGCUUGGAUUAUGGAACUUAACUCUGGUUAUUUGUACAAAUUCCUUUACAGGGUCUAAGGGAAGCAUUCCAUAUGACUUGUUUGUAAUACGUCAAUGUCGUGUAGCUGACAAUAAGCUGGUGAUGGGUUGCCCCUUACUUUCAUCUGAUCGUGUCAGAUUUUUCCCUGUUUAGGAGAGAUGCACUGGUCACUACAAAGGGAGACACUGUAACUUCACAUUAAGGAAGCUGUUAAAGGAAAAUAAGUAAACUAUUACUUGGAUCAUUCCAUCAAAGUACAUCUAGUCAAUUUAGCACUGACUUACUAAGAGAAUAUGAAACAGCGUUGUUUUUUUUUUUUUUUAAUGAUGUGUUCACAAAGGAUUGAGGGACCAGUUCUUGCACUGCCCAUCUUUAUAGUUUUAAACAAGUUUUUGCUAAAUUCAGAAGGAAUGUCCUGAGUGGUUUAGGUGACUGUAGUAAUUUAGAUAAUGGGGUCAGAUGGGUAAAUUAAUGUGGAUGUUUCAGGGAUACAUGUAACUUAAAUUAUCUAUGUUCUUGCAAGGACAAAAUGAUAUUCAGAUAAGGAUUUUUGAGCACAAUAAAUGUAAAUGAUCAAACUGUAAAUGAUCUGUCUUUGUAUGAUGAUAAAUGUAUAAAAGCAGUAGCUCAGGAUUACAAUGUACCUUUUACAAAUCAACUAAUAAAUAAAGAUUAUUAUUCAAAGUUAA